AGCUGUAUGGACCGCAGACCGCCUCGCGGAGGCUGCUCUCGGAGCGCGUGCUGCAGCCAUCUGCCAAUGAGGAGCCUGCUGACAGAGAGAGAGAGCGCGCGGGAGAGCGAGGCUCCUACUCUACAGCGCGCGGGGCUCGUGCAGCAUCAGAUAUGUGAGCGGCGGGAAGCAGCUCUGCCUCGCGCUGCAGGAGGACGGCAGGAUGGCGGGAGGACGGCGGGGUCUCGUGGCCCCUCAGAACACGUUCCUGGAGAACAUCGUCCGCCGGUCCAACGAUACCAACUUCGUGCUGGGGAACGCUCAGAUCGUGGACUGGCCCAUCGUCUACAGCAACGACGGCUUCUGCAAACUGUCCGGUUACCAUCGAGCUGAGGUGAUGCAGAAGAGCAGCACCUGCAGCUUCAUGUACGGAGAGCUGACUGACAAGGAGAUGACUGAAAAGGUUCGACAGACCUUUGAGAACUACGAGAUGAACUCCUUUGAGAUUCUGAUGUACAAGAAAAACCGGAUGCCAGUUUGGUUUUUCGUGAAGAUUGCACCAAUCCGAAACGAGCAGGACAAAGUGGUCCUCUUUCUCUGCACUUUCAGUGACAUCACCGCUUUCAAGCAGCCAAUCGAGGACGACUCUUCAAAAGGUUGGGGUAAAUUCGCCCGUCUAACUCGUGCGUUGACGAGCAGUCGAGGAGUUCUUCAGCAGCUCGCUCCGGCUGUCCAAAAAGGAGAGAACGUCCACAAACACUCACGGCUGGCUGAGGUUCUCCAGCUGGGCUCAGACAUCUUGCCCCAGUACAAACAGGAAACCCCGAAGACGCCGCCGCACAUCAUCCUGCACUACUGCCUCUUCAAGACCACGUGGGACUGGGUCAUCCUCAUCCUCACCUUCUACACCGCCAUCAUGGUGCCCUACAAUGUCUCCUUCAAAACCAAGCAAAACAACGUCACCUGGCUGGUGGUGGACAGCAUCGUGGACGUCAUCUUCCUCGUCGACAUCGUCCUCAACUUCCACACCACCUUCGUCGGCCCGGCCGGGGAGGUCAUCUCUGACCCCAAACUUAUCCGCAUGAACUACGUCAAGACCUGGUUCGUCAUCGACCUGCUGUCCUGCCUGCCUUAUGAUGUCAUCAACGCUUUUGAGAACGUCGACGAGGGGAUCAGCAGUCUCUUCAGCUCUCUCAAAGUGGUCCGCCUGCUGCGUUUGGGUCGGGUCGCCAGGAAGCUGGACCACUACAUCGAGUACGGUGCCGCCGUGCUGGUUUUACUGGUGUGCGUGUUCGGCCUGGCGGCCCACUGGCUGGCCUGCAUCUGGUACAGCAUCGGAGACUACGAGGUGAUCGACGAGGACACCAACAGCGUGAGGAUGGACAGCUGGCUGUUCCUGCUGGGGGAGACGGUGGGGACGCCGUACAGGUUCAACGCCUCGGGCUCUGGUCGCUGGGAGGGCGGGCCUAGCAAAGACUCGGUUUACAUCACCUCGCUGUACUUCACCAUGACCAGUCUGACCAGCAUCGGCUUCGGGAACAUCGCACCAAACACGGACGGAGAGAAGAUCUUCGCCGUGGCCAUGAUGAUGAUCGGAUCGCUGCUGUACGCCACCAUCUUUGGUAACGUCACCACCAUCUUCCAGCAGAUGUACGCCAACACCAACCGCUACCACGAGAUGCUCAACAGCGUGCGAGACUUCCUCAAACUCUACCAGGUCCCCAAAGGCCUGAGCGAGCGGGUGAUGGACUACAUCGUGUCCACCUGGUCCAUGUCCAGAGGCAUCGACACUGACAAGGUUCUGCAGAUUUGUCCAAAGGACAUGCGAGCGGACAUCUGUGUCCACCUCAACAGGAAGGUGUUUAAGGAACACCCGGCGUUCCGACUGGCCAGUGACGGCUGCCUGCGAGCCCUCGCCAUGGAGUUCCAGACCGUCCACAGCGCGCCAGGUGACCUCAUCUUCCAUGCCGGAGAGAGCGUGGACAGCCUCUGCUUCGUGGUGUCGGGGUCACUGGAGGUCAUCCAGGACGACGAGGUGGUGGCCAUUUUAGGUAAAGGCGACGUGUUUGGCGACGUGUUCUGGAAGGAGAUGACGUUGGCACAGUCGUGCGCUAACGUGCGGGCGUUGACCUACUGCGACCUCCACAUCAUCAAACGAGACGCGCUGCAGAAAGUCCUGGAGUUUUACUCCUCCUUCGCAAAUCACUUCGCCAGAAAUCUGGUGCUCACCUACAACCUGAGGAAGAGGAUCGUCUUCAGGAAGAUCAGUGAUGUGAAACGUGAGGAGGAGGAGAUGUUGAAGAGAAAGAACGAGGCUCCUUUAAACCUCCCUCCGGAUCACCCGGUUAGACGGCUCUUCCAGCGUUUUCGGCAGCAGAGGGAGGCAAGGCUCGCCAUGGAGCGGGCCGAACAGGGCGCCCGUGACGUGGAGAAAGGUGUCAUUCGCCUGGAGCCAGCCAGGGGUCCAGAGGUCCUGGCCUCCACCAGUAUAGUCAUGGUGACGGAGAGCCCAGCCACACCCACCACCUCCUCAACAUCCAUCGCGCCCUCUUCAUCCAGGACCUCAAGCCGAGUUAUGCUCCACACUCCCGCCACCCAAAACGGAAACCUGGUUGGCUGCAAAUCUGCAGAGCCGCCAAAAGCGAAAGGCUGGGGACGAUUCAAGGAAUCCGUCGUGAAGGCCGAGUCGUGGAGCAGCGUCUCUAAGGCCGAAUCCAUGGAGACGCUGCCCGAUAGAACUAAGUCUCAGGAUGAGAUGUCCCUCAAGAAAACCGACUCCUGUGACAGCGGCAUCACAAAGAGCGACCUCCGGUUGGACAGUGUCGGCGAAGCAAGAACACCGCAGGAGCAAAGCCCGGUCCAGUCUGACGAGAAGAGGGUCUUCUGUCCAAUUCCAGAGCAGAGCAUGCAAGCCUCCUUCCUGGAGCUGAAACAGGAGUUAAGAGGAGACAUCAGAUCUCUGAACAGUCGCAUGGCGGCGCUUGAGACUCAGCUGGCUGAGAUGCUGCGACUCCUCAAAUCCAGAAAGUCAUCUGGCUCCUUCUUCGAGAUCUCGCGGCCUCCUUCCCCUGACUCUGAUAAGGACAGCUUCUCCUAAACUUGACACAGAGUCGGUCCGCAGGAACUCGACCCUUUUGGCCUCCAGAUGUCAGAGAAGACCGUCUGACACAAAAGCACUUUGUUACGUUCAUGGCAACGCUCUGUGCGACGUCACAGACUGACAAGAUGUCAAAUGGGAGAGAGGAUGAAGCUGAUUUUUACUUUGAUCAGAGACUUUAGAGUCAUGACAGUCAUGAUGGCACCUUUGGUCCUCAGGAGGAUUUGGACCUUCUCAUGAUUUUGGCAAUAAUAAGAGAUGGCUUUAACGUUGUUUCAAACAGGGCUGUGACACUGUGAUGAAGGACAUUGCGUACUAAGGGUUGGUGAUUCAGUGGCUUUGCCCCGGUCUUGUGAGUUCUGGUCCACAAAGUCUGUUUAGCCGUUCCGAACCUUCAGAUACUCGAUUCAAGAGGACAGAUGAAUCUCAAACCUCUUAAACCGACAAAAUGAUGAUGGCGUCCAUGAUGGCGUCACAAAUUCCACGUAUCAUAGGCUGUUUUUUCUGACAGCACUGCAUGACACCAUAUCAAAGCAUCGCUCUGUGAUUGGUUGUUAAGAGCGUCAAUCAAAAGACGGACAUUCAGUGUAAGCAGAAGGCUGCUGAACUUGUUAAAGGACAUUGUGGGCCAGAGUUUCGGUCGAUGGUUCAGUUCACUGGGCGUCAGAAUGUUCCCACCUUCAUGCAGACUAAACACUGUGUGUACAGACUUUGAUGUUUGGGAUGUUCGGUGGCGUUUUUAUAUCCAGAACGAAUGUGAAAGAUUUGAUGCAGCUCGGUGACAAUGAGGCCCUAAAUGUGUCUGAUGUCUAAUUCCUGCACAGAGCUGGACAUUUGAUUGGUUAGUCUGGAUUCUUAGUUUUUAUAAAUAAAAUCAGUGUAUGCAUGUUUCCAUGUUGACUCAGCUCUGAUUGGAGGCCGCCAAGUUAACACAUCCCAAUUCAAACAUAAAACGAAUCUUACUGCUUCAGUGUAGAAGAUCACACAUGUUGGAUGGUAAUAAUUCUGAUCUCUGAAUGCGUCUGAAUUCAAGUGGAACAUGUUUUUACUCAUUGUACGUUCACUCUUUCGUUAAGUUGUUUUUAAAGAGAUGGUUUACAUUUACACAGUUUAUUGCUAAAGCACGGUUACAUCAUGUUUCAUGCAAAUUGGGUGGGCGGGGCUAACAGACCUGGCGAGGAGCCGCUACGAUAUGUAAAGCUCAGCAGCCACUGUUUGCUUUAAAGAGGCAACAGAUAGGAUUCAGGUUUUUUUUAGCUUGGCGCCACCUGGCGUCAGCGGUGUUGCAUCACACUGUCGCAACGACCAAACUGAGCGUGGGGAUCAGAGAUAAUCAAUAAAAUGUAGGCUGUAAAGCCACCAGUAUACCUCUAUGUAUAUGUAGAAUGAGAAGGUGUGUGGACACUCUACUGAAUAAAUGAGUAAAGAGACCGAGCAACAAUUAUCAGAUUUAUCUGAAGAAAAACAAAUAGUAAUGCAAAUAAUUAUAGCAGAAUGCACAGUACCAGUACAAACAGCUCACAGUAAAUGAUACCAAUAUGUACAGUACCAGUACAAACAGCUCACAGUAAAUGAUACCAAUAUGUACAGUACCAGUACAAACAGCUCACAGUAAAUGAUACCAAUAUGUACAGUAUCAGUACAAACAGCUCACAGUAAAUGAUACCAAUAUGUACAGUACCAGUACAAACAGCUCACAGUAAAUGAUACCAAUAUGUACAGUACCAGUACAAACAACAGUAGACACAGUGGAAUUAUACCAAUAUGCACAUGUAAACAGUCCCCAUUCUAGAAUAAACGCUACCGUAUGGAAACCAUGCGGCCGGUUGAGCUCAAAUUGAAUGGGAAACAAAGUCCAGUGUUCACUUAGCUGGGCGUAACUUAGCUGGGCGAUGUCCGUGGAUAGCUGCCUCCGUGAGAAGAGAACAGAAGGAAGGGAGGGGGGUAUCACUGUCCGAGGGCUGCCGUAGAAUGGCAACCAGGAUGUCAGCCGACCAACACUCGCUACCCGCUCCCUGGUUGCGGCGAUUUGCGAUGCUGGCCAGCUAGGAAUGAACUAGCAGCCAGUACAGUCCAGUCCUCUCUGGUCUAGCUAACAUUUAGCCGUGUUAUUUACUGAUCCAUUAGAAAGAAAGCUAGCUGGACAUGGGUUUUGAAGCCUCUUUGGUCACGGAGCUCCCUCCAUCUCUUGAACGCCUGACUGAGGUUUACUCUUGUUUUUCCUCUUCUUUUAUCACUCUCCUUUUUGCUCUUCUUUGCCUCCUCACACAGAGGAGCUCCUUUUCUUUUGCUAGGCCGUUUUUCACUUGUCUCCAAACUUUGUCCGUCUGCCAUUGUGCUCGUGACUCAACUAUCUCAUGCCCAACUCCUCAUAAGGACCAGCUCCAGUCCCUGAUUGGCUGACCGACCAGUUUCUCAAUACAUGACGCGUUUCCUGCCGUAAAGCAGAUUUUUUCCGUGAAAUUUCGCCCCAGGUGGCAGAAGCUUAUUGCAAAGAUUGCACAGCCACUAAGUAACCUAUGUAAACACUGAUAGUCUGAUUUUACUGUGGACACUGCCCUGUGCAACCCACAUUAUUUUCAUCAUGAUAUAUUUAGGAAAAGAUGCUGUCUGUUGCCUCUUUAAAUGAUCUCACCAUAGUUCUGACCUAUCAGAAAUUCAUCAGUUCAUCCAACAAGCAGAUCGUCCAUUGUUCAAACGUUGUGAACGUUGAAGAACAACUUAUCUGAAAGACAAUCGUCCUGACUCAAAAAUUGUUUGGGGGUGACCAAACCUGGAGCUAAAACUGAAGAAGAAGAAGAAGAAGAAGAAGAAGAAGAGGAAUCCACACAGUAUCUGUUUCUUAAAGUCAAGGAAGGAUCAUAAAACAAUCAUUUCAAGGAUGCUACGCCAUCAAAUCAUUGCCCUGUUCCGAUGUCAAAGGUCUGUCAAAUUUUCUUCAUUCGGAAAAUUUUCAGGGAUGCCUGUUUGUAUCCUCAGCACUCUUAAAGCACCCACAGUCCCAUGUGAAGGAUGCAUGGGUUCUGUUCCCUAACUUGGAAAAUUUUCCAGUGAACUUUCAGCAAAAUCUGCUUCUGAACAAAUUUUAUGGGAGAAAUGGGCAAUCCAGUUGUUGAAUCUUGACUCGUGAUGGAUCUACAGGGCCUGUUUUAAAAGUUUGUUCUGACUUCCAUGAGGCGAGGACACUGACACAUGGUCUUGGCAGUGCUUGUCUUUUAAAAAUAGUGCAAGACAAGAGCAAAGUGACGGCAUCCCCAAUGAUGCUAUAUGCAUUUGAAUGUUUGAAAUUUGUAAAUUUGUUAUCACCAUAAAUGUGUUGGAUCAAAGUAAAGCAAAACGUGUUUAUGCAAGUACAAACUGAGGCGCUGACAGUGCGAUCUCCUCCUGCAGACUGACACCAAUGCUCCAUUUCAACAAGAUAGUUGAGGAGCACAGUUGGCAAUACCACAUACGUUCCCUCCACUUUUUUAAAAUUGCUGCAUGGAGUUGGAGGCAGGACCUUUUCAAUGACGCACACAUGCACAACUGUUUUAUUUUAUGUUCUCUAAAUGCUUGGAAGCAGUCUGACCAAGGCUCUGUAGGACCCAACCUGAAGGGUGCUGUCCUGUCACGGAAGCAUCCUUGACUUUGAGAAGUAUCAUAAGACACCUUGACAAAGCAGUCAAAGCCGCACCGUUAAUAAAAAUCCUGCAACCUGACUGCACCUCUGCUUAACCCCCCCCAGGCUCCAGUCCCUCACAUGAAGCUGGUUCUCCGUUCUUGAAUUGGACGUCUCUUUGACUGGAUGGUGAAAACAUUCAAUCACUGCCAGGUUAGGAAACAUGUUAGCAUGCUCCUUCCACCACCAUCAAACCUCCAAAGGAUCCCAACUCCAUGUAGGCUGCCACCUCAUCCUCGGGCUGCAAAGUGUCAUGGCUGGAGUCCUCCACGUCGGUGACCAGUGUGACCACGGGGUCAAAGGUUACACUGGUGUCACUGACUUUCAAAAUAAAAGCAACUGCAGCUUGAUAAUAGUGAUUUAGAUGUCAGAAUAUUACACAUAUACUGCACAGCUUUUUACUGCAUUUUAUUCUGAAAAAAAAGCCCGCCUGCAUGGAGUUCAUCUUUACCAUGAAUUUAUAUAAAUACUUUUACUCGUUACACAGCGUUUUGCUGGUUACCCGUUGGAUACCUGACCCGGUGCAGGACGGCGUCUUGAGGCCAGUGUCAGGAGACAGAUGACAACAUGUUAAUGCUAAUGUAAUCAGAACCAGUGGAUUAGCGUGCUAGCACUAGAGCUAGCUUGGCUACCCUUGUCUUUUACAUCGUAGGUGUCCCUGGAGAGUCUUCUGAAGUAGUUGUACUGAAUGAGCUCUAGGACUCAUCGGUCGCUUUUAUUUUGGCAGCUUGAGAUGGCAGGAAGAGGCAGAUGGAGUCAAGUGAUUUUUUUCUGUCUGAUCAGCACAGACCGCCAUGUUGGGAAACGACCAUCAGUCCAGAACUGUAAGAUCAUUGUUGAAGCUGGGGAGUUUGUCUGUGUCGGACCUGCGGGAUGAUUGUAAAGCAGUCAAACGUGCGGAACACUGGAAUCACAGAACGGUUACAGCGAUGACUAACAGGAUGUGAUGCGAAGGAGCCAGCGCACAUCAGAUUGUUCCAGUGUUUCCCAGUGAUUAACCUGCACCAUGUGUCAGCGAACAGGCGAAACAACAUUCAACAUGCGAAGCAUCACGCACCUGUUUUCAGAGCAGCAGCGAGCUGUUGCUGAGGCUCCAUCAGGGCUCGACAGGCUCCCUGAAUGUUGCUGUCGCUUGUAGUUUAUAUGGACAGUUUUUUACGCCUAAUUCGCAAGAGUUGACUCGUUUAGUCUGAAGUCACAACAGCCAGUAGACUCCCAGGAGAGCUGUGACUGGCUCAGCUGAAUCCUUCUGUUUUCUACAUGGCUUGUACAGUUCUUCCUUUAGCAUUAGCCUUAGCCUUAGCUUUUGCUUUAGCAUCAUCAUCUGUGCCUCCAUCAAAGUUCCAGCGCAGGAAACUUCAAUAACUUUAUAUGCAACAUUUUCUCUUUGAACAUGACUGCUGUGAAUCGUCUCAACUUCAGUCGGGUUUACAGCCAACACGUCUCGUCCGUUAUGUUGAUUACAUGUAAUCUGAAGUAGCUUUGGUUAAAGAUGGAGAAAGCUAUCGUACUGGCUGUGUCACUUCUUUCACCUCCAUAUAUAAAACUUCUCCACCAAGAGGUGCAAGCUGUCAGUCAUCACACAGGAGUUUAUGGUACAAACACGAGGGAUUUAUUGGCCGCAUCUCCACAUUUACAUUCCUCUUUACUUCCUCCAAGGCAG